CCGCCUGUCUUGGCUGGAAAACUCCGGAGUUGGCUUCUCCUUGGAUUACCCCACCAUAAGUUUACACGCCGUCUCCAGGGACCUGAGCGCUUACCCCUGGGAGCACCUCUACGUCAUGGUGAACGCCAAAUUCGAAGAAGAGGAGACAAAAGAGACUGCUGUGGCUGAAGGGGAGGAAGAGGAAGAUAGCGAUGACGACGUUGAACCAAUUGCAGAAUUCAGAUUUGUACCCAGCGACAAAUCAGCCCUGGACGCCAUGUUUUCAGCGAUGUGUGAAUGCCAAGCUCUGCACCCAGACCCAGACGAUGAAGAUUCAGACAACGAUUAUGAAGGGGAGGAGUACGACGUCGAGGCCCGCG